GACCGUGACCUUGGGUUUUGGCUGAGUAUGGAGCAUCUAAAUGAAUUACGGCGCGCCCCCGUCCGCCUGGCUGGGAAAAGGCGCAUCCUCCUUCCUUUUUAGAUUUCAGUCACGCACCUUUGCUCAGAUUUGACAAGACGCACGAGGGAUGUGUUUCGCUGUUAUUCUCUCAGCUCCCCGAUUUAAAGAAAAAGAGCGAGAAUCGCGCUUGUAAGAAUCGAUGCCUUUGCUUUGUCUGACUUGAGAUUUCUGGAUUUAAUCUGCACCCAGCGCGCAUUUUACACAAAUCUGCGCCGCUUGCACACGACGGAGAGACUGCGCCUCCUCGAAGCGGGUAUAGGGCGAUAACCGAUAGGCACCGAUAAUAUCCUCCGGGGCCGUUCGUGCUUUUCUACUCAGACAUUAAAAACAAAAACAAAACAUAUGAAUCGCGUAUUUUAAAACAAGGUCAGUAACAAUUUGAGAUCUCAAGCGCAGAUCCCGGUACACAUCACCUUCCUCCGGUGAUGCUGUGGUCAGAGAACAGUAAAACAGACUAAAAGGGAAAACAAUGUGAUGGACAAUGUCCACUCCAGCGGGUACGAGACACCUGCCAUCCUGGUUCUGAAUGCAGCGAAGAGAGACACCGAAACGGGUGUCACCGUCAGCCCUGGAUGCUGCGCCGAAAAAUGGGAUACUCCGACCCAUCGUCGGGUAAAGACUUGCUCGGCAGCAGAUCUCUUUGUUUCAUAUUUAUUUGCGCGUUUGGGCUCGUCACACUUUUGCAGCAGAUUCUCUACGGGAAAAACUACAUCAAGAGUGCGCAACAGUUUAGCCGACUCAAAGGGGACGAGACAGGAAAUUGGACCGGUCCCGUUAAUUUCUCCGAUGACGGAUCUCUGAAGCCUGCCAGAAAUGGAAGGAAAAGAUGUUUCCGUCAGAAUUUUCAGCCAGAUUCACAGAUCUCCGUAAUAGUCACACCCUGCCUAGCUGAUAUUAAGAAGAAAAAAAAACGCCCUCAAAGGUAUCUGGAAAACUAUGAUGGCUCCUUUGACUACAACUCUACUGCAUGCAGGGAGCUCAGACAGGAGAUUAUAGACGUCAAAGUGCUGACAAUGGUGAAAACGUCAGAUCUCUUUGAAAGAUGGCGAAACCUGCAGGUGUGUAGGUGGGAGCAGAACAAGGAGGAGGCCAGCAACUUUAAGAUGUCUCUGUCGCGCUGCUGUAAUGCUCCUAACUUUCUGUUCACAACCAAGAGGAACACUCCUGCAGGGACCAAGCUGAGGUAUGAGGUGGACACCAGUGGUAUCCUUCCCAUUACUACUGAGAUCUUCAAGAUGUUACCAGAUGAUAUGCCGUAUUCCAAGUCACAGUUCAAGAAAUGUGCUGUCAUUGGAAAUGGUGGUAUCAUCAAGAACAGCAAAUGUGGAAAGGAAAUUGACUCAGCAGAUUUUGUUUUUAGAUGCAACAUACCGCCCAUUAAUGACAAAUAUUCAGCAGAUGUUGGGACUAAAACAGAUCUGGUGACAAUAAACCCGAGCAUUAUAACUGAGAGAUUUCAGAAGCUGGAGAAAUGGCGGAGGCCGUUUUAUGACGUCCUUCAGAAUUACGAAAACUCCUCAGUGGUGCUACCGGCGUUCUACAACACCCGCAACACCGACGUGUCAUUCAGAGUUAAGUAUAUGCUGGAUGAUUUUGACUCCCAGAGAGGUGUGUUCUUCUUCCACCCGCAGUAUCUGCUUAACGUGCAGCGCUUCUGGGCGGUGCAGGGUGUCCGCGCCAAACGGCUCAGCAGCGGCCUGAUGCUAGUCACCGCCGCAUUAGAGAUGUGCGAAGAGGUCCACCUCUACGGUUUCUGGGCGUUUCCUAUGAACCCCUCUGGCAUCUUCAUCACACACCACUACUAUGACAACGUCAAACCACGGCCGGGCUUUCACGCAAUGCCUCAUGAAAUUUUCAACUUCAUUCACAUGCAUACACGUGGGAUCAUCAACGUACACACAGGGCCAUGCGCAUGAUCCCUCACUCUAAUUAGUAAUUUGCUUUAAUGCAACGGCUCAAGAUUUUACCUUUUAAUUUGUGUUUAGGCCAGUUUUCAUCACGGCAAUCUCAGUUCAGGCAACUAUUUUGACCCCAGUUCAAACAGAGUUGGCCUUGGGACACUCUCAUCUACAUGUUGAAGAUUUCUCUUCUGCCAGCAUCUUUCAAGUUUUUCACUUCAGUAAAAUCACCAUGGUUAUCUCCGACUGUCAGACCAUUGGAUGCUUGUUUUUAAUGUGAACAAAGUGGUCUUCAUAGUGAUGUUGUUUCUGUGGAGUUUUCUAGUGGCUCGGCUGUACAGAGGUGUUGUUUUUCUACUUGGUCACACAGAUAUUUAAGCCUGUCUUCUUCUCUCUUUUUCUCAGACACUCUGUGGGUGUGGCAGCUUUUAAUGUUUGUGUAAAAAAAACAACAAAAAAACAAAGUCUGAACCUUAAUAUUCAGCUAAUAUUUUAAAAAAUAUGAAAAGAAAAUCAAACUGUAAAAUUCAGUUGUCUACUUUUGUAAUCUAUUUCCUAUUCACCAUAUUCCCUCGGUGAAUAUUUUAAAAACACUCUUGAAACGGCCUGUUUUCCACGGCCUUCUUUCUCCCAUUUCCAAAUAUUUCUCAUCAUUUCUGGUGGAAAAGAGGCAAGAUUUUCUUUUUGUUUUUUGGGGGAGGAGUGGGGUGUCAUAGAUUAGGGUGAAAGCUAGAAAAAUAUUUUGCAAUACACCAACUCCACAGAACUUUUGGCUUUCCAGUUUUUAAAGCAACCCAGCCUAUCGCUGUCUUUCAUGUCUUAAGCCUUAUUGCCUUAUGAGGUAUGGAAUCCCUCUGUAUGAUGUGCAGACAAAGUUUUUAGUUUGCCUCUUUUCAUCCAAGCACAACCCUAACACGCUAAGGUAAAGCAAUUCAUGUGUAGUUCAUGGCUUGUAUUCUACUGGAGUCCCUCCCUGUAAACUCCACUCAUAACCACGUAGUGCUCUGCAUGACUUUACUCUAUACUUGGCUUUGUGUGUGCCUGCUUCAGCGAUCACUGAUAUAGCCUAUGUUUACACUUAAGCCUCAACUGAAGCUCACAGUGCUUUUGGAGAUGUACACAAGACUCUUGCUUGGAGAAAGAUUGAUGGAUAUGUUAAAGUGGCUGAGAUGAUGUGGUAUCAUUUUCACUUAUGACCCCCAAAAAUGUAUUAUGCUACUGUGGUACACUGGAAAGUCAUAAAAGGUUUUGCUAUUUGUUUUGUUGUAUGCAACAAAUUAUUUCACUUGUAAGACUGUAACUUUACUUUUCAGUCACUCCUCUGUUCAUGCUCAGCUGUGCACUUGUCCAUUAUUUCUUUGAAUGCAUUACAAAUAAGAUUUUAAAAAAAAAGCUGUUUCCUUCAUGUCUUUAUACAGACUCUUUGUGUGUUUAUGCAGCACCAAAAAGUUUCGAGCUAAAUUGCUCUACAGUCACAGUUAAUGAGCAAGAGUGGAAAUAGAGGGGAUCUGGUCUGUGUAAAGAAUGGAGGUAAUAUCUAACACAGUGCUUCUUAAAUGACUCUGGAUCAUUCUUUAUACUGCUACUGUGCUUGUAAAUAAACUUGUCUGAAUUUUCA